AUGUCUACAAAACAUCAACAAGAGCUCGACGUAGCUUGUAGAGCCGUCCAGCACGUCGCAGUACUGACACAGCGUCUACAACGGGAGACAAUCAGCCAAGAUGGUCAAGUCAAGAAAAGCGACUUCUCACCAGUCACGAUAGGUGACUUUGCCAGCCAAGCACUUCUUACUUCAGCAUGCCACGGAGCCUUUCCAAAUGACAAGUAUCUAGCCGAAGAGUCUGCAGACGAUCUCAGGCAAGACGACUCGCUUCUCACACAAGUGUGGCAGCUUACGGAGGACCUCAAACCUGCGUUCGAGAGAUCGAGCCUGAGAACGCCAGCUUCGAGGCAAGAGAUAUGUGAUCUGAUGGACUGGGGCGGCAAGCAGCAGCGAAGCGAUGAUGGCAGGACUUGGGUUUUCGAUCCCAUCGAUGGCACUGCUACAUUCUUGAAAGGCCAGCAGUAUGCCAUCAAUUGUGCUUUCCUCAUCGACGGCAUCGAGCAAAUUGGCAUCAUCGGCUGUCCCAAUGUGCUUCUGGACUCUGACACUGUCAGUGAGCAGGAAGUCGACCACAACGGUCUAGGUCUCAUGAUAUUUGCAGUCCGUGGCGAAGGUACAUACAUUCGACCCAUGCGGGACAACGGCGAGCUUGCUCCCGCCACGAAAGUGGAGCGACAUGGUGACAGAGCUACGAUGGACAAGUUGAUAUGGUCUGAUUGUGCUACAUACACUUCGACGAUCAUGCAUUUGCAUCAGCAAGUGGCGAGCAAGCUGUACACACCUUGGCCUGGUGUUGAUCUUUUCAGCUCGUUGAUGAAGUACGCUGCACUGGGGCUUGGACGAUGUGAUCUUGUGAUACGUAUCUUCAAGUUUGCUAGCUGGAGGAGUAAUAUAUGGGAUCAUGCUGGUGGGGUUCUGAUCUUCGAAGAGGCGGGCGGCAAGGUGACCGAUCUUGAAGGGAAGUCGAUCGACUUUACGAAGGGCAGGAAGAUGGCUGACAAUUAUGGUCUGGUCUGCGCGCCGUCCGCUGUGCAUGCUGAAGUUCUCAAGCUCGUCCAGGAGACGUUGAAAGCACACGAACAAGUCAAUGGACCCAUACCCUGGGCCAAGGAUGCGAAUCAAAGAUCCUGA